AUGGAGGAGGAAGAGGUCGUGGGAGCCGCGCAUGGGGCGGAGAAGCUCAUGACCUACGAGGAGGUGAAGAAAAUAUGCAGAGAAAGCAACCUGUACGAAACGGACGAGUUGAACGAAGUGCUCUACCUACACAUGAAGGGCUUUCAUAACAUCGGUGGCCUGGCAUCCUUCGCCAACCUCAAGUGCCUCUUCCUCAACAACAACUGCAUAAAGGAGAUUCAAAAUUUGGGAGCACUCGUCAACCUGCGGGCCCUGUACCUCCAAAACAACGACAUCAGCUCCAUUCAAAACUUAGAGUGCACCUCCCUGGUGAUUUUAAAUUUGUCACACAACAGAAUUAGGAGACUUGAGAACCUCGGCCACCUCAAGGGGCUCCAAACCCUCAACGUCUCUCACAACCUGCUCGAGCAGAUCGAGGACAUCGCGGAAGUUGCAAAACUGCAGAACCUCUCCCACCUAGACCUGUCGGACAACCACUUGAACUUCCACGAUGGGAUAGACUCUGAUCGACUCAAGGAAUUUGUUCACAACGUGGAGGAGGAGGAGGCGGGGGGCGCUUCUUCUGGUAUCCUUCACCAUUUGGGGGAAGAGGACAAGGAGGCAAUGCGACCUGACGAGGCUACCACGCACGGUACAGCCACCCCCCUUGAUGAAUUUUUACACCUCCGUGAGGACUCCCCAGAGGACGCGUGCAAAAAGGAAUCCCCCCAACGUGUGAAGUACCACCAAAAUAUCGCGCCGAUGGACCAACUGACACGAAAAAAAAUUUCAUUUCUGUGUCAACUCAUCAUUCUGUUAAGACAGCUGGGGAAGUUAAGAACUCUCCUCGUUAAAAACAACCCCUUCGUGAGCAAAAUCAGGCACGCCUCUAGGUACCUAGUUGCGAACGUGCCCAACCUGAUCUUCCUCGACGACAAGAAGAUAAAAAAGGAGGAUGUCUGCCUGGCGAGGAUUUUUUUGCAAAGGGGACCCGCGCAAGAGAUGGAACUGAAAAAAAUAUUCGAGAAAAGAAAAUUGGACAAGUACAAAAACUUAACGGAAAAGUUUCAUGCCUUUCUGAUGGCUCAAAGUGGAGGCUCCUGA